AUGCCCUCUCCCCCCCUCCGAAUAGCCAUCCUCGAAUGCGACCACCCCCCCGCAAACGCCCGCGUCAAAUUCGGCCACUACGGCGGCGUCUUCACCUCCCUCCUCAACUCCGCCGCCGCGACGCUCACCCCGCCACCCGCCCUCCAAAUCUCCCGCUAUGACGUCGUAACAGCGCAAGAAUACCCCCCCCUAGACGCCAUCGACGCCAUCCUCAUCACCGGCUCCCGCUUCACAGCCUUCGAGUCCGACCCAUGGAUCCUGAAGCUCGUCGACUUCGUAAAAUCCAUCCUCGCCCAGGACCGCAUCCGCAUAAUCGGCGUCUGCUUCGGGCACCAAAUCCUCGCCCGCGCCCUCGGCGCCCCCGUGCAUCGCAGUCCCAUCGGCUGGGAAAUCAGCGUCGUCCCUCUGACGCUGACGCCCGUGGGGAAGAAGCUCUUCGGGGUAGACAAGCUGGCGAUUCAUCAGAUGCAUCGGGAUGUGGUGGGGGAGUAUCCCGAGGGCGUGGAGAAGCUGGCGUAUACGGAUACGUGCCCCGUGCAGGGCAUGUAUGUGAAGAAUCGGUUUAUUACCGUGCAGGGACAUCCGGAGUUUACGGAGGAGAUUGUGAGGGAGCUGCUGGCGGUGAGGCAUGAGAGCGGGAUUUUUGAUGGGGCGACGUUUGGGGAGGGGAUGGGGAGGGUGGCGGAUGGGCAAGAUGGGGUGGUGGUUGCGAGGGCGUUUUUGAAGUUUUUGUUGGAGGAUUAG